AUGGCGGAUAAUACAAAUUGUGAUGAAGAUAGUACCACAACCAAGCUCAAAUUACCUAUAUCACGCAUACGAUCGAUCAUGAAAUGUGCUCCAGAAAUAUCCAACUUAAGUCAAGAAUCAGUUUAUGUCAUUACUAAAGCAGCUGAAAUGUUCGUUGAAUAUUUCACCCGUGAAGCUUACGAUAGAUUGCCUGAAGGGAGAGGUAGCAUCAUCUAUAAAGAAUUAUCCAAUGCAGUUGAAAAAGAUCCUGCCUUACGAUUUCUUUCUGACAUCGUUCCCAUGAAAGUUUUUGCUGGCGAUUAUAUCGACACCAAUCAAAAAUAA